AGUACAUCCAGAAUGUCUUCUCUCGCCACCCAGUGCAUUUGGUAUUUUGGCUGAAAGGAAACAAGCAGAACUCUGCGCUUCCAGAGCAAAGAUGGAGCCGCAGGAUCCAGUCAAGAGGGAAGGGAGGCUGACACCCGUGAUUGUUCUGGCGACACUGAUAGCUGCCUUUGGGUCGUCCUUCCAGUAUGGGUACAACGUGGCUGCUAUUAACUCCCCUUCGGCGUUCAUGAAAGACUUCUACAACUAUACCUACUAUGACAGAAUCGGUGAAUACAUGAACGAGUUCUACUUGACCUUGCUGUGGUCGAUUACUGUGUCCAUGUUCCCCUUCGGAGGCUUCCUCGGCUCUCUCCUGGUCGGCCCCUUGGUGAAUAAUUUAGGCAGAAAAGGAACCUUGCUGUUCAACAACAUCUUCUCCAUCGUGCCUGCGUUCUUAAUGGGAUUCAGUGAGCUCGCCAAGUCAUUUGAGAUGAUAAUUGUGGCCAGGGUUUUGGUGGGAAUAUGUGCAGGUCUGUCUUCCAAUGUCGUCCCCAUGUACUUAGGAGAGCUGGCCCCUAAGAACUGGAGGGGGGCCCUGGGGGUGGUGCCCCAGCUUUUCAUCACCAUCGGAAUCCUUGUGGCCCAGAUCUUUGGUCUUCGGAGUCUCCUGGCAAACGAAGAAGGCUGGCCCAUCCUCCUCGGAUUGACCGGGAUCCCUGCUGUGCUGCAGCUCCUCUUCCUGCCCUUCUUCCCCGAGAGCCCCAGGUACCUGCUGAUUCAGAAGAAAGAUGAAGCAGCUGCCAAAAGCGCUCUGAGGAGGCUGCGUGGCUGGCACGACGUGGACGCAGAGAUAGAGGAGAUCCUGGAGGAGGACAAGGCUGAGAAAGCUGCAGGCUUCAUCUCUGUGCUGAAGCUAUUCAAAAUGAGGUCCCUGCGGUGGCAGGUCAUCUCCAUCAUCGUUCUCAUGGCUGGCCAGCAGCUCUCCGGAGUGAACGCGAUCUACUACUACGCAGACCAGAUUUACCUGAGCGCCGGGGUGAAUGAGGACGAUGUCCAGUAUGUGACGGCGGGCACAGGUGCUGUCAACGUGCUGAUAACUGUCUGUGCCAUUUUCAUAGUGGAACUGAUGGGGAGGAGAUUCCUGCUCCUCCUGGGCUUCUCUGUCUGUUUCACCGCCUGCAGCGUGCUGACGGGUGCCUUGGUUCUGCAGGACAAGAUAUCCUGGAUGCCCUACGUCAGCAUCGCCUGUGUCAUCUCCUACGUCAUAGGGCAUGCCCUUGGGCCCAGUCCCAUCCCCGCACUGCUCGUCACCGAGAUCUUCCUGCAGUCCUCCCGGCCAGCUGCCUACAUGGUGGCGGGUACUGUUCACUGGCUCUCCAACUUCACUGUGGGCUUGGUCUUCCCAUUCAUCCAAGUGGGCCUCGGAGCUUACAGCUUCGUCAUUUUUGCUCUGAUAUGUCUUAUCACCACCAUCUACGUCUUCCUGAUCAUCCCUGAAACCAAGUCCAAGACCUUCAUAGAAAUCAAUCAGAUCUUCCUCAAGAUGAACAAAGUGCCAGGGGUGCACCCAGAAAAGGAGGAGCUAAAGGAGUUCCCACCCUCGACUACAAGGCAGUAACUUGAGAGGAGGAGCCCAUCAGUAGGAUCUACGUAAAACUUCUCUCCUGGGCUAUGAAUCCAGAAUAAGGACAAGUCCGGUGUGGAAUGCAGGCACUGCUGGGACUGUCCAAAAGGCUUCUGUGCAGUUCUUAAAGCCAAGUUGUCUCUUUCCAGAUUGACCCACCACCAACCCUGAGGCAUGGUGGACAGCUGUCCCUCAACCGUGCUGGUUCAGCCAUUAUGUGGCUCCUGGUAACACCAGCUCCUACCACAAAAAUCGUUACCAUGAUGUCAAGACAGAGGAAUCAAAUGUGGCCAAAGAAGCUAUCUCUCCUCCAAUCCCAUUGUCUUCUGGGAGCCACGGGCAUGUAUUCAGAGUGGAAUCCCUCCUCUCAUCAGAUCCAUCUCCAGAAACACUAGUCUUAGAAAGUGUGAUGUCAUAAAUAAUGUCUAGGAAUCUGGGAAGCAGGUCCCCAUGGAGACUUUAACCAAGUCAGAGAUUACUGAUCCCAAAUUAUAUUAUGACAGGACCAUGGCAUUGCCUCUGUAUACUCAAUAAAACAAAUAUGAUCACUUUUCA